GGAAGAAGGGUGAGAAGAAUGUGCUGGGUUGGCAACUUGCAGGUUAUAUCCCUGAACCAGCUACUUUGGCCAGCUGUCUCUGGCUUGGUCUCAACCUUUAUGUUGAUUUAUUUUCUGCCUUAUUCUAAAAGAAUUAGGGGUGACUUGCUAAAUAUAGAUAAAAUCCUGUCAAGAGAAGAAAAAUUUAUAUAUAGACUUGUAAGGUACACAGAAACACUUGCCAUAUGUUAGAAAUAUUUGGCACUGAGCUUCUUAAUAGUCAAAGAAGAGAACAAAACUAAUAAAUUUUAUUCAUUUGGUAAAUGAAGCUGCAGUAAUUUUAAUAACCCACACUGAAAUCCUGGACAUUUCUUAUCCUCUUCUUCCCUGGUCAGUGGCAAGGAGAGAUUGCAUCUCUUCCCAUGCCCAGCCUCUCUUUCCCAUACCUAUUGCCAUGGCCUUAUGUCUGAGACAGCCUUUCUUACAGUGUUAUAAUAACCAGCAAUACAUUUUUCUUUCUUUUUUGUUUUUUUUUUUUUUAGAGGUUGGGUCUUGUUAUGUUGCCUAGGCUGGACUCAAACUCUGGGCUUCAGGGGUCCUUCCACCUCAGUCUCUGAGUAGCUGAGGUUAUAGGUGCACGCCACUGCACCCGGCUCCAGCUGCCCUCAGUGCUGCUGUUUUAGAAUUUUUCUUUACUGUGCUCCCUCUCUAGCAGACUCUCCUUUCAUGGAAUCUCUGAAGCAAUGCUUCCUUCUGUUACUCAGUUUUAUGUUACAUAACAAUAGCUGCUUGUUUACUUUUAUUUCCCCUGCCCAAUUAGAUUAUUACCUUUUUGAGAUCUGGGACCAUGUCUUACCUAGUAUCCACUUUAGCAUCUAGCAUGAUGCCUUGCAUAGCUACCCAAAUAUGUAUUGAAUUGAACUUAAAUGAUCAACUAUUGAAUAACUUGUGCAUUAUCUAGAAAAAUUAAUUCUUCCUGCUGCUGUUGUCUUUCAUUAUCUUUAGAUUUUUCUUCAAGGAACACAAGCUUUCACCUAUUCAUUCUUUGCAUUUUUUAGACAAAGUCAGUUGUAUGCAAACUAAUUUAAUAUUUCUUUUUCAAACAUGCAGAUAUCAGUUUUAGAGAAUGUGGCAUGGAGAAAUUCUCAAGGAAAGAGUAAAAUGCUGGUGAUGUGCUGAGGGAACAGAAGGAGUGUUUGUGAAUGUGCACACGUCCGUUUCUGGUCUCUCGUGUCAGCGUUCUACCUGCAGAAGGUUAAGGCAGCAUUAACAGGCUUUACAGGAAGUAUGGUGCUGGCAUCUACUUGGCUUCUAGAGAGGCUUACAAUCGUGGAGGAAGGUGAAUGGGGAGCAGGCACAUCACAUGGCGAAAGCAGGAGCGAGAGAGAGAAAGGAUUUUCAGCUGAACUCUCAUCUCUCAACACUGGCAAAUAUUCAUAAGAUCUACCACACCCUUAAUAAGCUGAACCUAACAGAAGACAUUGGCCAAGACGAUCACCAAACAGGAAGUCUGCGGUCUUGCAGUUCUUCAGACUGCUUUAAUAAAGUGAUGCCACCAAGGAAAAAGAGAAGACCUGCCUCUGGAGAUGAUUUAUCUGCCAAGAAAAGUAGACAUGAUAGCAUGUAUAGAAAAUAUGAUUCGACUAGAAUAAAGACUGAAGAAGAAGGCUUUUCAAGUAAAAGGUGCUUGGAAUGGUUCUAUGAAUAUGCAGGAACUGAUGAUGUUGUAGGCCCUGAAGGCAUGGAGAAAUUUUGUGAAGACAUUGGUGUUGAACCAGAAAACGUAGUUAUGCUUGUCCUAGCUUGGAAAUUGGAUGCACAAAACAUGGGUUAUUUUACUCUACAGGAGUGGUUAAAAGGAAUGACUUCUCUCCAAUGUGAUACAACAGAAAAACUCAGAAAUACUUUGGAUUACUUAAGAUCAUUCUUAAAUGAUUCUACAAACUUUAAACUUAUUUACAGAUAUGCGUUUGACUUUGCACGGCAAUCAAAAUACAAAGUUAUUAAUAAAGACCAGUGGUGCAAUGUCCUAGAGUUUAGCAGAACAAUUAAUCUUGACCUCAGCAACUAUGAUGAAGAUGGAGCAUGGCCAGUUUUGUUGGACGAGUUUGUGGAGUGGUAUAAAGACAAACAGAUGUCCUAGGACUUUAUGCAUAGCAGCGAGAGAGUCACUGUUACCACAGUUUUGUCACCCAUUAGCCAUAAAUUGCUGUUUGUAUCAAAGCGCAUGCUGCUUCUCUUGCACUGUUUCCCUUUCGCAGGGACAUGUUGGUGUUUGCUAUUGAAUUGGCCAGCUCUGCUUGCUGUGUGGCAUUGUUCUCUUGGAAGGCUGCUUUGCAGUUUGUAUUUACACUACAGAUUGGUGAAUUUGCCAACGUCCUCACUGUGAUUAUGUGUAUAUUGCUGUUUAAAUUUUGUAUAUGUGUAUAAAAGGAAAAAGCUUCACCUAGAGAUUAUUUCUGAAAAAUGUAUUGUAAAAAUAAUUUUGUGGCAUUUCUAGUCCCUUUUUUUGAAUGAACCAAUUAUACUUUAUUUGGUCUCCUAUGUAGCAUUUCAGAAAACAAGACAAAACUGUUACCAUGAACAAACAUUGCCAGAAUUAACCUUACUGUUUAAGAGGCCAACUUCUGGAAGGAGGUAGGAGUCAUAACUUUUUAGAGGCAUAUGCCAAAUAUCAUUUGGUAUACUUAACAAUAUUAGUGUUUUAAAAUGAUGAGUUAUAAUUAUUUGAACAUAUAGAUAUGUAACAUGCCACAAAUCAUUUCUACCACACAAGAUAUAUAAGUUGUUUAUUUUUUAGUGUUAAAACUAUAAUAGCUUGAAUAUAGGUACCAAUGAACAAAUUCAAAUUGCACCUCUUUUCUUAAAAGAAUGGGAUUUAAACUCUUAUAAACAUUCUUUAACUUUUUUGUUUGUUUGUUCUCUUUUUUUCCUUUUGCAUUCUUCUAGCCAGUGAUUGAUCUGCUAAUGCUUUCUUUGCCACUCUAAGUAAAAUUUAUUUCACCUCCUCAAUGAAAACCUCAUGGUUUUGCUGGCUGUUUAUAACUGCAUCGCACUUCUAGUUGUGGCUUGAAUUUUCAGUUAAGCUUUCAUGGUAUGUAAUUUUCCAGCCUUUUGAGAAAACAAGCAUACUGUAAGUGAGAGCUGUUUUGUUUUCCUUGUUUGUUUGUUUCAUGCUAGGCUUUUCCUGGCAGCAUGUCCAUUGCAGGCAGUGGACAAGAAACCACCAGCAUUGAGCUAACCCAGUACAUGCUAGGACCUGUCCUAGAGGGGCCACUUUUCAUUACCUGAGUUAUUUGUACAGAAGGGCAAUAGCCAUUAUUUUUGUGGAUGAGGAAACAAGAAUAAACAGAAUGGUAUUUUUAGGUUUGUAUUUUAUGUCUUUUUUUUUUUUUUUUUUUUUUUUUUGCCAUUCUUGAGGAAAUAUAGAGAUGACAUGUUUUCACCCCAACUAUCUGGUGCUAUUGAAUGACUAAUUCAGUCCCUAAAGUUCUGUGAAAACACAAAAGUCUAAUGAUUUGAGUGAGUAAAAGGUAAUGGUGCAUUUGAACAAGUAAAUGCUGUCGUGGUCAGCAAGAUCCGUGAUUUGAACAUGUGAUGACUGGAAAAAGGUUUGGGUUAUUUGGAAGUCUGGCUAAAACUUCUUUUGGGUGACAUGUGAUCGUUUAAAUGGCAUUAAAUGAAUAAAGCACACAGACAGUGCUACUCUUGACCACUAUUUUACCAUUUCUUUGCAAACAGUGUUCACAUUUUCAUAUUUUUUCCCUAACUAAACCACCAAAGAAAGAAAUUUUGUAUGUAUAUACAGUGUGUGUGUAUACAAAAUCAUGAUAUAGUAGAAUGCAACUACUUUCUUUUUCUACCAAACGAAAGGUUUUAUUUGCUGUGAAAUAAACCAGAAGUUUAAAAAACCCUGUAGUGAUUAAGCAUACUUAACCACUCCUUAUUUGUAGAUUCACUUUCAACCUUAAAAAUUAAUACCAGUUUGCAUAAACCAAUAUCUGAAAAGAACAGAAAAUGUUGAUGGCAAGCAACAGCUAUUAAUACUGAUGUGACGGAUGCAUUUGUUUUGCAGUGGUGACUGGCCUAGGCAGGUUUGGAUCUGUGAAGAAUUGAUUCAUUUUCAAAAUUAUUCCAUAAAGUUAAAAAGUUACACUUUAAAGGCAACAGGUCAUACAGUUCUUUAAAUCUGAUCAACUGUAGCUUUAUUUAAAGCAAAUAUAAAUCAUAGAUGAAGUUAUUUUAAACACUAUGUUAGAAUAUAGAGAUUUUUAAAAAAUGCUGAUAAGCACAGUUAAUUCUAAAAUGAGAGGAUUGUUACAGGAGGGAGAUGUUACAGUUAAUCCACAAUCAACAUUUUGAUGGUAGGGAAAAAACUGCGUAAAAACUAUUGCAUUAUGUAUGAUAAGAAAGUAAGUAUUCCAAAGGGAUAAUCUUGCAUAUUAAGAAAACUCCAAAUAAUCUUUAAACUGCCUUGAAAAAUAAACCUCUUUGACUGCUGAACGGCAGAGUGCUUACCCUUGGUUGUCUUGAUUUUAUAUAUUUAUUUCUAAGGGGAGAAAAAGGGGUCAGACAGAGUAAUAUGAUACAUUUUCUUAAAAACUUCUCUAAGUUGCACAAAACUGAACAAUCAUCAAGCACUUAUUUACUGGCUAAUGUAGAAUAAAUUAGGGUGCCUUCAUCUGGGUUUUCUUUAGUACCUAAGUCUACAACCCUUUCUCUUUUUCUAUUGUGUUUCGAACUCCACAUUGCAAUACUCUGUUGUCAUGGAAUACAACCUUUAGAUGUUUACUGCUGAAGUAGGUCAGAAAUUGUAUUAUUUGAUUUGCCUCAAACAUCCACUGUAAUGUUACAUGCACCUUUUUUGAAGCAUGAACUCUGAAUUAUGUUUUUAUAAAUCUGACUAGGCAAACCUAGAUUCUGGUUUCACAAUGGAUUUAUUUUCUCUCUCAGUCUCCAUUUUAACAGUGCUUUUGAAGUUUAUACAGAAAGCUUUAAAAGUUAGUUUGUGCCCUUGGUUUUUAUUCUUAAAACUGCUAAAAUACCUCUGUAAGCCUUAUCCUUUAUUCUUUCAUAUGUUGUAUAAUAAAUGUAUAGAUUUCAUUGACCAACUAAAAUGUUGGGUGUCUGUAAAUGAGACCAAAACGUGGGUUGCUUUUUUCAUAAAAUAAUUUCUAUUGGGGGUUACUGUUCAAUGACAGCAGGUAACCUAUAACUGUGAAUGCUUCGUGUCGUCAGUAUUUGCAUUACAUUCAUAAAAGUGUGCAAGUCCUGUGACUCCCAGCUUAACUGAAAUACUGUUAUGCCACCUAACUUGAGUACAGCAAACUGGUUUUAGGUUUCAAUGAAAUUGAUGUAAAAUGAUAUCCCAUGAAUAAAAAGUAUUUGUGUUUGGUUUCAGAA